AAUCACUGGGGCUUCUGGAAGCCACCGCGCGACUUGAUGAACCACGUCUGCCUCACGCUGUUCUUCCUUUACCCUGUGGCGUUUCUCUUCUUCACCGCCCGCGAGUUGGCCAAGAACCAGCGCUCGGUCAUCUACAACAAGGCACUCAAAGCGUAUGCAGACAAAGAGGGAUGUCUCGAGAUCCGCGCGAGCCAACCAGAGAAGAUCCCGAUUCCGCUUGUCGGUGACGCUGCCGCUAAGGUGAACCUCGCACCGCAGACCUACAUCAAGUCAGUGUCACCCAUUCUCUGGGCGAAAAAUCAGAAGGGUGAGUACAUCUACGACAAGACCAAGAAAGUGCAUUGGGUGAUGGGCCUCGGCACUAUGCUGGAGGGCAAAGUCAAGCCGAACACGAUGGAACUAAACGCCGAAUCGAUGGCCGGGCAAGCGCCUGUGCAAUCCGGGAAGGCAGUGGCUAAUGUCUACUACCAAUGGGACCAGCUCAAGGUUGC